GUAAACGACCCUGUAUUCCCUAUCGAAGACUUGUAGCGCUUAAUCUCUGACUUCAAACACACUUGCAGAUUGAUUGAAGAUCCGUGUGAACUCGUUCCUCCUGAUUGUUCAAUCGCCUACAAAUCUUGACGAACUAGCAUCAUUAAUCGAUUGAUUACUUGAAGAAUUACAAAACCGCGGGAACGGUUUUUGUUCUCAUUUUUUGUUAUUAACGAUGGAGAAGAAGAAUCCGGCUGCAACUGGUGGAAUUCUGCACAAAAUUAAGAAAGUUGCUUGCCUUGAUGCAUCCCCGUCUGAUACGGGAAAAGGAAAAAGCAAGUCAGCUGAUAGCAAAGUGUUCCAUGGAUUUCACUUGGUAGAAGGGAAGUCUGGACAUGACAUGGAAGACUAUCAUGUUGCUGAAUACAGAACCAUAAAAGGCCAUGAGCUUGGGCUCUUUGCUAUAUUUGAUGGUCACUUGGGUGAUCGCGUACCGAGUUAUUUGAAAGAUAAUCUUUUUAACAACAUACUUGGUGAGCCAAUGUUUUGGAAAGAUCCUGAGACGGCGAUAAAAAACGCUUAUCGUUCUACUGAUAGAUUUAUCCUUGAGAAUGUGGGUCAACUAGGACCUGGUGGCUCAACAGCGGUUACCGCCAUUGUCAUUGAUGGAAGAGAUCUGUGGGUGGCGAAUAUAGGGGAUUCUAGAGCUGUUUUAUGUGAAAGGGGCUCAGCGAAUCAGCUCACAGUGGACCAUGAACCGCAUGUAGAAAGGAGGAGAAUCGAGAAACAGGGUGGAUUCGUGACUAAUCUUCCAGGUGAUGUUCCUCGAGUCAACGGUCAACUUGCUGUAGCUCGUGCUUUUGGAGACCAAAGCCUUAAAGCACAUCUUAGUUCAGAACCCGACAUACGACAUGUACCUAUUGACGCCACCAUAGAGCUUGUAAUAUUGGCCAGCGACGGCUUAUGGAAGGUGAUGAGCAACACCGAGGCGGUUGAUAUGGUGAAAUCCAUCAAAGAUCCUUUAGCAGCCGCCAAGCGUCUGACCACAGAGGCAUUAGCAAGAAAAAGCAAAGAUGAUAUAUCAUGCAUCGUCAUCCGAUUUGGUUGACCACCACGAACCGCCACAUCACCGCGCGCGUCCAUCCAUCAAGCUGUCUGGCUGACCAAGUCCAACUGGUAAGCAGAGUGAAUGCAGAAGGUAUUGUUACAAGAGCCAUGUGAUAAGAGCACGUGACUUGUUAUAAAACCAUGGACAGGUAUGUAUGGGUGCACUACAAUUAUUCAUCUUUUAUUCUCACAUGCAAUGUAACCGUUGUAGUGAUAUCAUAUUAUUUUUAUUUCCACUUAAGUACAUACAU